AUGGCGUCCGAAGCGGGCAGGCCAGCGGGAGAGCCUGAGAAGAGUACAGCAUCAGUACCUUCUACGAUCCCGCCCUCACAGUCCCAGCAGGACGACUCGGACCCCGACUUCGACGACCUCGAUGACGUGCUCGACCAGUUCUCCUCGAACGCUCCCUCAUCCUCCCAAGCACAACCCGCAACAAAACCACCACUCGUCUCCGCAGAAGCCUCAGGACCGGGCAGACCCAGCGCCUCCGACCAUGACAUCCCAAUUCCUGAUGGCCCACGAGAGGGAGAAAGCGAGGAGGAUUUCAUGAAGCGCCUGACUGCCGAGCUCUCUUCCGCCAUGUCCGCCAUGGCGUCUGGCGUGCCGGACGACGCCUCAAAAGCCACGCCCGAAGACCUCGCGAAGAUGGGCAAAGACUUGGAGGAGUUUACGCUCGCCAUGGAGAAAGAAGGCAUACAGCCGGAAGACCUACUGAAAGCGAUCCUGGGCGAGCAAGAAGGCGCCAAACUAGCCGCCGCAGCACACGAAGACGCUACCGCCUCAUUAUCGAAAUCACCCUCACAAUCAAAGACCACCUCCCCACAACCGGCCUCCUCGAAAGCUACCUCAUCAACACAACCUCCAUCAACCACCUCCUUCGACGAAACCAUACGCCGCACCAUGGAGCGCAUGUCCAGCUCCUCCGCAGCCGCCACCUCCGCCACACAAUCCAAAGCCUCCGCCACCUCAGAAGAGGACAUGCUCGCAGACCUCCUCAAAUCCCUCGGGCCCAACCCAGACGGCUCGCAGCAGAGCCCGGAUGACCUCUCUGCCAUGUUUUUAUCGAUGAUGCAACAAUUGACUGCCAAAUCCAUGCUGUACGAGCCAAUGAAGGACCUCGACUCGAAAUUCCCGGGCUGGCUCGAUUCCAACCGAAGUAAGCUGAAGAAGGCCGAUUUGACGCGGUACGAGAAGCAACAGGUGAUAGUGAAAGAGAUUGUGGGCAAGUUCGAGGAGAAGGGGUAUAGCGAUGACAAGACGCAGGAUAGGGACUUUGUGUGGGAGAAGAUGCAAGCGAUGCAAGAGCUGGGCGCGCCGCCGGAGGAUUUGGUUGAGGGUGGCGGGCUGAUGCCCGGGAUGGGGGAUCUGGGAGGGAUGGGGGAGUUGUUGGGAGGUGGCGGUGGGAAGGAUGAGGGAUGUCCGACGCAAUGA